AUUUUGAGAUCAAUAUGCUUGACGAGAGAUCAGAGAACAUUACAUGUAAAACUCGUCUUUGUAAUGCUUUUGUCCGGUUGUAUAAUGCAUAGAUUCAAACAUGGGAUAAAAGAACAUUUUAUUAGAAGAAAGAAAUAUGAAGUCUACAAAUUUAUUUGAUAUAGAGUAUAUAAAAGAGGGAUUAUAUUCGAUGAAAGAAAUCAAUUUUGCUCCAACAGUGAUAACGUGAAUGGGGUGAAUUAGCGUUAUUGUUCGGUAGAAAAUAGGAUUUAAAUGUUCGUUGUUUUUAUGAUGCAUUUAACAUCGGUAGAUACCAAGGCCUUUUAAAAGUCUCUAAGUAAAGCAGGGCUAGGGGAAAUGUAUAAAUCAGUGACGGGAAGUCUACAUGGAGUUAUUAACUGUCAAAAUGGGUAGGAUUAAUGGAUUUCAAUUAUUAACUAAUACAGUUGAGGAUUAAUAAAGUGCUUGUUUAAAAACGUGCUGAUUAGAAUAGAAAUUUGAGAGGUAAAGAAAAGUUGAGAUUAAGUUCAAUUUAAUCCUGACGUCUUGGAUGAUAUAUUGUACUUCAAUAACAGUCAUAAACUUGUUCUGUUCUUGUGUCACAGGUUUGAAGAAUUUUGUGGGAUUUUGAUAAACUUGUUUCAAUUCUGGUGUCAUCAAGUGUAUAUUGUACUUUGCCAAAUCCAUGGUAUAACUGAAAAGUUAUAGUGAACUUAAUAGAAAGAAAAGGGACCUUCAGAAACAGCUUGGGAUUUUAUUUUUGGAUGCAGUUAGACUUGAAAAAAUGUCAAAAAAAUAAUGUGCUUUGGAAUACAUGUUCAUUGUUCAAUCAUUCUAUAGGAACACAGGAACUUUGUUAUUUCUGACAACCAGUCCUUAAGUCAUCUAUGUACAUGAUUAAGUGUCUGUUAGAAUUGACAACAGAUGUUGUUGAAUUUAUCUAGUGUUUUGGAUUUUAGAAAUGGUAAAGAUUGUUUUAAUUUAACUGUGGAUUUAUUGAGGAAUAAUUGUCGUUUCAUGGAAACAUGAUUGUGUGACAAGUUUUUUGUCCAUACAUGUCUGUAGCAUAGGAAAUUUGUAAUUUGUUGAACAUGUACACUUAAAUACAAUUUGUGGUUCACCUUAACUGAUGAAAUCGAUGCUACAUAUUUUUGUGAUCCAUGUCUAGUGAUUAGGUUGUUAAUACUCUCUUCUCGUGUCGUGUUGUCAAUUGCAUCAAAAAUCAAUUAUGAAUACUAACGGAUUUGUGAAAAUAAGAUUUCCGAAGUGUAUAAAUGAGAUGAUGGAAAAAAGCGAUCAGAAAUUGCGGAUGCAUUUAAGUUUGACUGAUACCACAACAGGCGUUCCGAUCCAACAUAACCUAACUAAUCUAAUCAAAAGUGUGGGAUUUAUAGAAAGAUUACCAGAGUAUUCUAGUCAUAUUUUAAGGGCACAAGCAGUUAAAAGAAAGUUGGAAGCACAAAGAGAAGAAAAAAGGAGACAAAAUAUUUUAAACAAGCGCAGUGAAGAACAAAGGCAGGCAACUGAGAAAUUUCAACGAUCGCAUAUAAGUAGUCGUCCAUCCAGUAAAAACAGCAAUAGUAGUCACAGUGGUAAAAGAUCUCCAAAAUUUACACAGAGAACCUUGGAAGAUACUUUAAAGUUAGUCAGAGGGUCAUCGUCAGGGAGACAUAGUGCUAAACAUCAGACAUCACCCUACAGCACCCAGCUGUUUAGUACCGAUCCUCUGAAUAAACCGUAUGUUAAUAAAUACUCAGGGUCAUAUCAUCACACACCAGAGAAACAAAAUGACAACAGCAAUGCAAAUUACCUUCAUAAUAAUAGUUUACGGAACUUGAACAGUAGCCGAAAUUUGUUCGAACAGCAACUGGAACAGCAUCAACAACUUCUUGUGGAACAGCAACAAAGGACAUUAAAUGAAUUCAAUGAUGCAAUUAAAAAUGAGAUUGCUAGCGACAGAAGUGUGCAGGGAGUUGAUGUGGAAUACGGGCACCAGAAUUUACCUCAGUCGCAAAGUCUAGAUAGUCUUGAUAGUCUGGAGGAUUCUGAAGAUUCUAUAAGACAGAAUCGUGAUUUAACAUAUAAUCAAAAUCAAAGUGAGGCCAACAGGGAUCAAGAGUUUAUAAAUAGAUAUAGUACAAAAAAUGACCUUAGUUAUAUUAAUGGUCAUCAGGCUGUUGGACGUUCUCCUGUAAAUAUUGUUGUGCCGCAAAUAAAUUGUCAAAAUAUACAAAAUCAGCUAGAAAGUGAUCAGUAUGAAAACAGUAAAAAUGACAGAUUUUCUGGCUACCAAGCUAAUGGUAGGAUUGAUUCUUAUGAUGUAAGCCAGAACGGAGUUAAUAAUGUAAUAAAGGCAAAAACAGCUGCCGAUCGUCCAAAAGUACAGCUACGAGCAUGGGCCACACCCUCUCCUGUUGAUUCAAGCCAUAGACAGCCACAACAGGAAAUAGUCUCCCAGAACUCUCAGAGAAUGGCUACAAAUGCUAGUUUAUAUACACAACGAAAUACGAUGACAACUGUUACCACUACAACUGCCUAUGCCAGAGGUACCAGUAAUGCAGGGCAACAGUAUGCUCAAAGUAAUAUAAAUACAAAUGGGGAACCAGAUACCUCUAUUAUGACAAAUGGACCAGGACUGCCUCAUCCACAAGUUAUGGUCUUUAAAAAACAAAAUGAAGGCAGAACAACACAACCAAGUAAAAAUAUGGAAUUUUUAGAAACUGUAACUAAUGGUUUUGGUAGUGAUAGAAGUGACCUUUAUGAAAAUAAUAUAAAUGGUAAAAUCCAGAGAGAGCCUUCUUCUGGUUCAAAUACAACUGUUCCUAAAGAGCCUCCACCUAGCCGUGUUCCACGGCCAGUCACUGUUGUAAAGAAAGUUAUUCCAAGUAAACAAAUUGCUGUUCCAAGUGCUCCAUCAAUGACUCCUCCAAGCACUAUAAAUCAGACAAUAGUAAAUGCUAAGACAACAUCUACACCAGUAUCGCAACCAAUUGUGGUUUUGUCGGUUUCAAAAGUGGAUAAUAAGGAAAAUAAACCAAAACAAACAAACCAAAUUAAUGAAAACACACCAAAACUGCAGUUGCUUCCUGGAGGUAAAUUAACAGUUUUACCCGACAAACCUGUCAUGCCUGUACGACAAGCUGUAGGACAACCGCAGCAGGCGACAGCUAAGCAAGUGUCGUAUGCUCCACCACAGAAAUCAAAAGAUGAUAGUGAAUUAGAAACGGUCUCAAAGGCAAAAUUAAAAGAAAUGGAAUCUGGAGUUGUGAAAAGUAUACUAAAAAGACCUGCUACCUGUAAACUCCCAACGUCUGGAACUAUAAAAAGGGCAGGGUCAACUGGAAGUAUGAACAUUAAGGACAGUUUAGAGGUGGCCAAAUCACAGAUGCUUCAAGAAAAAGAUAAACAAACUAAGCCAAAGAAGAAGAGUGUUAGAUUUGCUGGUGUGGAAUACUCUGACGGGGUAGAGGAAGAAACAGAGGAGGAGGAAGAUAAACUAUUCACUAAACGCAUUUCGGUAAAAAUUACUCCAAAGAAGAGGCCAUUUUCUGCAAAACCAAAUUUACAAACAACUGAAACAGAAACCACACACAAAUCCCAAGGGAGGGUUGGGAGUGCAUCAGUGCUUUCUCAGAAACACAAAUCAACAAUACGUCCACAAGCCGCUGCUCAUAUUAUUACCCAUAAUACUUUGAAGGAAAAUAGCCAACCAGAAAAACGAACAUCAGUUGUGAAUAACAACUUUAUGUCGAAAGUACCAGUAUCAAGUGUAGCCAAGAGCUUGGUAUCACAAUUUCAGCCGGUAUCAUCUGAAAUUACUAUGUACACUGUACCAGGUGCUAGAUUGAAUUAUGCUGUAUCAGCAACGAAUUACCCUGUAUCGUCAACAGUGGUGUCAUCUCAGAAACACGAAGUUACUCCAAACGGUUACUAUCAGCAGCCAAUGAUGAGUGGGUCAACACCAGCACAAGGAUUAACAAAUGGCAUUUAUCAAGAAGGACCAGUUUACGACGAGAAUGGUAUGAGAAUUGAUAGGACCCCCACAGAUGACGAGAUCAAUUUCUUAUGGGACAAAGUAAGAACGUGUUUACAUAGGACACCAGCACCUGCUAACAGUCCUACAUCUGAUCCUGUCAAACCACCGUUCUUUGACCAGCCUGUUUCACGGCAGGCAGCACACGUUUCGCAUACAAUUAUUGAUGGGGCUGCUCUUGGACAAAUAGCCAAUCAAACUCGUGUUUCUAGUUACAACACUACUAAUCCUACAACAUCAGGUAGGAAAAGUGUUGAUCCAAAUGGCUAUCAAAGAAGAUAUGGUCUGUUACAGAGACAGAAACAACAGAACCCUAACAGUCUGGGUAAAAAUAACCAACAACAAAGGGAGAUGAUUACCUACCAUAGUCCUAUGUCAAGUAAUCAGGAACCACAACAAGGAAACCCACAGUUUCAACCUCGACAAGACACUGCUGACAGUAUGACUGCUUUUUUGAUGGCUGAACAGUUAGCCCAGCAGUCCAUGUCUGAGAGUCAGAUACACCAUGCCAUGAACGAUGUACAGAGUAAUCCAGUCAGUGCUAACAGGCCUGCUCCUAAUGUACCAUCAGCUUUGUCUAUAGAAGAGAGAAGGUUACUAGAAUCACUGGACAAACUAAAUGAACAGUUAAAAAUAUCUGAGUUUCCAGGACCUCUACCUCAACAAGCCCCUCCCCCUCAGCCAGUACAACAAACGGUACCUCACCAUUAUGUACAUCCACCAAAUUAUUCAACUGCAUACACAAUGUACAAUCUGAACACUAAUGCUGGAGGUUUCAGAGGCCACCAUCCAAUUCAACAUAAAAGGAACUCGGCAGGACAGAGAAAAAUGUCACCAACGAUUCAGAAUUUUAGGUUUUCUUGAGAAGAGGACAUUGUGUCCCAGAUGGUGAAGAAAUUGUUUAGUUUUUGUUGUUAGAAUAGAAUGUUGCUUCAAUUAUUUAUGGUGCAGAUCUAAUGGAUUUCAAUAUAGAGGGCACUGGAAUUAUCACAGUUGUCCUACAGAAUUAAAGUUUUCAUUAAAACCAGUGUAUGAAGAUUUUCAUGAUAUAGAGUUUCAGUCAUCGCACAGACAUGGACAAUUUUUCUAGCUAUACAGUAUUAAAGAUUUCUCUGAAACUGUAGAAGAUAAGAAUAUAUUACCACAUUCCUAAAGGACAUAUGAAUAUAUUACCACAUUCCUGAAGGACAUAAGAAUAUAUUACCACAUUCCUUAGGGACAUCAUUGAUGUAUUUUAGGAUUUCAUGAAAAACUACAGAAAAAAGAAAAGUGUUGGCACAGGCACAAAAAUAUUUUUCUUAGAGAUACAGAUUUUAUGUUUUUUAUAAAGAAUUGAGGGACCAAAUAAGAUGAUUUAUGAAUCUCCAAUACCACAGAAUAAUAGGUUUUCAUGAAAUCCAAGGGAAAUUAUUUUGUGAUAUAACAAGCUUCUGUGAUAUAUUGUUAUAAAAUGGAAUCAAUAUAAUUUUAUACCAUAAUUGUUAGAUGUAUAAAUCGAUUGUUGUAUGUAAUAUUUAAUGACAAAUUAGGACUUGUGAUAUCAAUGUAAAUUUUAUUAAUAUUAGAUUCAGAAAUUAUUGCCUGCAUUUAUUAUUGCUAUUUCGCCAUGACAGACCAAAAUGCAAGAAUAAUUAUUGUGAUUACAGGAAAAGCUGCAUACAAAUAUAUAUGUCAGAUACCAGAAUUACUCAUCCAGUCGCAUUACUCGCAAUAAUAAAAACCUAGCAAUAAU